AACGCUUCCUGGAUCAUCACUUCGACAUAAAACGCUCCUUUCUGCUCUUUCUCCUACCCCGCCUGUUCACCUCAGAUCCCGAUCUUCCUAUCGAUUCCUGUCGUCGCCGCCCCCAUGUCGAGGCCGCCGCCCCCUUGCACGCCGCAAAACCCUACCCCGGCUCCCAGACCGGGCGGUCCCUCUCCCUCCUCCAUUCUUCCGGCUUCCUUCUCUAACCUCCAGAUCUCCCGCGCCCCCCCGCCAUUUGCUUCCGUCGGGCUUCCGCAAGGGGAUGGCCCCGUGGCGUCGUCGAUCCGGGGUCCGCAGGCACCCCCUCCUGGCACCCGCCCGUUCCCUGGUACUCCGUCGCCGCCGGGCUCGCUCUUCGCCCGCACAGCGCCGUCGGUCCAGCAGUCUCCUCCCUUUGGCGCUCCACUCGCGGCGCAGUCGUUACAGCCGCAGAGGCCUCCCUUCAAUGGCCCGCCGCCCGUGCUGCCGGCGCAGGUGCAACGAGCGCCAUUUGGAGGUCCGCCCGCGGCAUCCCAGCCUCUUCCGUUCGGUGGGCCACCUGCUGCGGUGUCGCAGCCUGCCCCUUUCGGUGUCUCUCCUGUAGCAACAGCCCAAUCUGCUCCAUUGGGUGCCCCUCCGUAUUCAGCAGCUCAGCCACCACCGUUUAGCGGGCUGUCUGGGGCAGUGUCUCGACCUGCCUACUCUGGUGGGUCGAUCCCCCCGUUUGGGGCUGCACGGGGACCCUCGCAGCAGGGUGCUUAUGGUGGGCCUCCGCAGUUUGGCGGGGAGAGACCAGGAUUGCAGACUCCGCUAUUUGGGGCUCAGACCGCACCUGCAUCUCAGCCACCACCGUUCAUGGGGGUUCCUGGGGCUAAUGCACCAGCAUUUCGGCCUCCAGGGUGGCAAGGGCAGACACGACCAGGAACCGUGAGAAUGCCUGGCAUGCCUGGUGCCAUGCCGCCUAAUGCACUAGGCCAGGGGAUGCCAUCCACACCCACCAUGCCAUACUCUCCCCAUGCUGGAGCCCAGGUUUCUACCCCAUCCAAAAUUGACCCUAAUCAGAUUCCACGUCCUAUUACCGAGACGUCAGUUGUCAUUUUUGAGACUCGGCAAGCUGGCCAAGCAGCUGUUCCGCCGGCUGCAUCAAGUGAAUUUAUUGUGAAGGACACCGGCAAUUGCAGUCCCCGUUUGAUGCGGUGCACCAUGAAUCAGAUACCAUGUACGGGUGAUCUCUUGACAACAUCAGGAAUGCCAUUGGCUAUAAUGGUGCAACCUUUUGCUCUUCCCCAUCCUUCUGAGGAGGCUAUCCAGCUCGUGGAUUUUGGGGAGAUGGGCCCUAUCAGGUGUUCUCGCUGCAAAGCGUACAUAAAUCCAUUCAUGAGAUUCGUUGAUCAAGGGAAAAUUUUCAUCUGUAACUUAUGUGGAUUUAGCAAUGAUACUCCAAGGGAGUACUUGUGCAACUUAGGGCCUGAUGGUAGGCGACGUGAUGCUGAUGACAGGCCUGAGUUAUGUAGAGGAACAGUUGAAUUCAUUGCCACCAAGGAAUUUCUGGUCCGGGAACCAAUGCCAGCUGUCUAUUUCUUCCUUGUUGAUGUCUCCAUGAAUGCCAUACAGACUGGUGCAACUGCUGCGGCUUGCAGUGCAAUAUCCCAGUCUCUUUCUGAUCUUCCUGAAGGUCCCCGAACGAUGGUUGGGAUUGCGACAUUUGAUUCUACUAUUCACUUCUAUAGUCUGAAACGUGCUCAACAACAGCCUUUGAUGCUCAUUGUUCCUGACAUACAAGAUGUGUAUACACCACUUCAGAUGGACUUAAUUCUUCCAGUUUCUGAGUGCCGUGAUAGUUUGGAGCAACUACUUGAGAGCAUCCCGAGCAUGUUUGAAAACAAUAGGGUUGCUGAUUCAGCGUUUGGGGCAGCUAUGAAGGCAGGUUUCCUAGCAAUGAAGCCCACUGGUGGAAAGUUGCUUGUGUUUCAGUCGGUGCUACCAUCAGUUGGGACUGGUUCAUUAUCUGCAAGGGAAACUGACGGUAGAUCAAAUAUUUUGAGUGGAGAUAAGGAAGCACAUAAGCUCCUGCAGCCUGUUGAUAAGACACUCAAAACAAUGGCACUAGAAUUUGCUGAGUAUCAAGUUUGUGUAGAUGUGUUCCUUACCACACAGUCAUACACAGAUGUUGCUUCGAUAUCAGUUGUUCCCAGUACCACUGGUGGCCGGGUUUACUACUAUUUUCCAUUUUCUGCUCUUUCUGACCCAGCCAAACUCUUCAACGAUCUCAGAUGGAGUAUCACCAGACCCCAGGGAUUUGAGGCUGUCAUGCGUGUCAGGUGCAGUCAGGGGCUUCAAGUUCAAGACUAUUCUGGCAAUUUCUGCAAGCGCGUCCCUACUGAUAUUGAUUUGCCUGCGAUUGACUCUGACAAAACCAUAAUGGUUUCCUUUAAGCAUGAUGAUAAGUUUCAGGAGAAUUCAGAAUGUGGUUUUCAGUGUGCACUUCUUUACACCACGGUAUAUGGGCAAAGAAGGAUACGAGUUAUAAAUAUUUCACUUCCAUGUACAAGCAUGCUCAGCAACCUUUUCCGAUGUGCUGAUCUGGAAGCACAGUUUACGUAUGUUGUUAAGCAAGCUGCAAAUGGCAUUCCAUCAAGUUCCCUAUCCCAAGUUAGGGACCAAGUAACAAGUACAUGCAUCAAUAUUCUCCAGUCCUACCGACAAUAUUGUGCAUCUGUAAGUUCUUCUGGACAGUUAAUUCUUCCGGAGGCUUUAAAACUUCUGCCUUUGUAUACUCUGGCCUUAACUAAAAGCAUAGGACUGAGGAAUGAUGGGAGAUUAGAUGAUCGGUCCUAUUGGGUCUCUAUUGUCUCUUCAGUUUCUGUGUCAUUAGCUGUUCCAUUGGUGUUCCCUAGGAUGAUUGCUCUCCAUGAUCUUACAUCAAGGGAUGAUGAAGAUCCCCUUAUUCCAAAUCCCCUUGCUCUUAAUAGUGAGAAUAUACAGGAUAAUGGGAUUUAUUUAUUGGAAAAUGGCGAGGAUGGUUUUAUUCAUGUCGGAAAUGCGGUGAACCCUGCCACCCUCGAGCAAAUAUUUGGUUUCUCAUCUUUGGCUGGUGCACCAAAUCUGUUGGUAUUGGAGCAAUUUGAUAAUGUAUUGUCCAGAAAAGUAAAUGAAGUUGUGAAUGAAAUAAGGCGACAGAGAUGCUCCUACCUAAGACUGAGACUAUGCCAAAAGGGCGACCCAUCUGGUUCUUCUCACUGUUUUCUCCCUCUGUUACCUCAUAUCUUCUUAUUACUCCUGACACUUGUUUCUGUAUCUGCAGGAGAUUUCUUCCGUUCCCUGUUGGUUGAGGACAAAGCACCCGGUGGCCUUUCUUAUGUAGAGUUCCUCGUACAUGUUCACAGGCAAAUCCAGAGCAAGAUGACCUGACAUGACCUGCUUUAUUGUUGUAAUGUUUUGGUUGGUAGAAAUCAAGGAAUUGAUUUCUGCAUGUGGAUAUACAAAAAGGAAGCAACGUUUUUCUUUGUAAAACACAGCUAUAGCACAUUUGUAAGGAUUCUAGUCUUUGAUUUUACAAAGUCAGUUUUGGUGUAGGUGGUAUAUGUUUUGUGUUUUGCGACAAGGAUGAGUUUGGCAAGGUAAAUAUUUAUCUAUUUAAACUCUGAAACUAUAUUUAUC